AGGCGCGGCGCGGCGCCCCCAAGAUGGCGGACCAGAUCCCUCUGCACCCGGUGCCGCGCAGCGCCCAGCGCAGAGCGGCCUAUUACAGCAGCGCCUCUGCGGCGCAGAGGCACAACAGAUAUCAAGUAGAAGAUGAGUCCUCUCAUUUGGAUGAAAUGCCACUAAUGAUGUCAGAAGAAGGCUUUGAAAAUGAUGAGAGCGAUUACCACACCCUCCCAAGAGCCAGAAUCUCUCAGAGAAAGAGAGGCUUGGAAUGGUUUAUCUGUGGUGGCUGGAAGUUCCUUUGCACUAGUUGUUCUGAUUGGCUCAUAAACAUCUGCCGAAGAAAGAAAGAGCUGAAGGCUCGCACGGUGUGGCUUGGGUGCCCUGAAAAGUGUGAAGAAAAAUACCCUAAAAAUGCCAUUAAGAAUCAAAAAUACAACAUCUUUACCUUUAUACCUGGGGUUUUGUAUGAACAGUUCAAGUUUUUCCUGAAUCUCUAUUUUCUCGUCGUGUCCUGCUCACAGUUUGUACCAGCACUGAAAAUAGGCUACCUGUAUACAUACUGGGCUCCUCUGGGAUUUGUUUUGACGGUCACAGUGGCACGGGAAGCUGUUGAUGAGUAUCGACGUUACAAGAGAGACAAGGAAAUGAACUCACAGUUAUAUAGCAAGCUGACAGUACGAGGUAAAGUGCAAGUUAAGAGUUCAGACAUACAAGUUGGAGACCUCAUCAUAGUGGAAAAGAAUCAGCGAAUCCCAUCUGACAUGGUUUUUCUCAGAACAUCAGAAAAAACUGGCUCGUGUUUCAUUCGAACUGACCAGCUUGAUGGAGAAACAGAUUGGAAACUGAAGGUUGCUGUCAGUUGCACACAGAGAUUGCCAGCUUUGGGGGAUCUCUUUUCAAUCAAUGCUUAUGUUUAUGCUCAGAAGCCACAGCUGGAUAUUCAUAGUUUUGAGGGUACCUUCACACGGGAAGACAGCGAUCCAGCAGUUCAUGAAAGCCUUAGUAUAGAAAAUACGUUAUGGGCAAGCACUGUUGUUGCUUCAGGAACUGUAAUUGGUGUUGUCAUCUACACAGGGAAGGAAACUCGAAGUGUAAUGAACACGUCCAAUCCAAAAAAUAAGGUUGGCUUGCUGGACUUGGAGUUGAAUCAACUGACCAAGGCACUGUUUUUGGCUUUAGUUGCAUUAUCAGUCGUUAUGGUAACCUUGCAAGGAUUUGUAGGCCCGUGGUAUCGCAACCUUUUCCGGUUCCUCCUCCUGUUUUCCUAUAUCAUCCCCAUCAGUUUACGUGUGAACUUGGACAUGGGUAAGGCAGCCUAUGGAUGGAUGAUUAUGAAAGAUGACAACAUUCCUGGAACAGUUGUUCGAACUAGCACCAUACCAGAAGAGCUGGGACGAUUGGUUUAUUUGCUAACGGAUAAAACAGGAACACUCACACAGAAUGAAAUGAUAUUUAAGCGCCUCCACCUUGGCACCGUGUCCUAUGGAACAGAUACAAUGGAUGAAAUUCAGAGUCAUAUUAUAAACUCCUACUCACAGGUUCACUCUCAGAACAGUGGAAACAGUACAAGUUCAACACCGUCCAGGAAACCUCAGUCUUCUGCACCCAAAGUCCGCAAGAGCGUCAGCAGCCGCAUACACGAAGCAGUGAAGGCCAUUGCUCUGUGCCACAACGUCACCCCCGUGUAUGAAUCUCGUGCCGGUGUGUCUGGGGAAACAGAAUAUGCAGAGGUGGAUCAGGACUUCAGUGAUGAAAAUCGAGCUUACCAGGCUUCCAGCCCUGAUGAGGUUGCUCUGGUGCAGUGGACAGAGAGUGUUGGUCUUACUCUAGUUAACAGGGAUUUGACCUCCAUGCAACUGAAGACCCCUGGUGGACACAUUCUGACAUACUAUAUUCUGCAGAUAUUCCCCUUCACUUCUGAGAGCAAGCGCAUGGGAAUCAUAGUUCGGGAUGAGUCUUCAGGAGAAAUUACAUUUUACAUGAAGGGCGCAGAUGUUGCAAUGUCCACUAUUGUACAGUACAAUGAUUGGUUAGAAGAAGAGUGUGGUAAUAUGGCUCGAGAAGGGCUGCGUACUCUGGUUGUUGCCAAGAAGUCACUGACUGAAGAACAGUAUCAAGAUUUUGAGAGUCGAUAUAACCAAGCAAAAUUAAGCAUACAUGAUAGAAACCUGAAAGUUGCUGCUGUUGUAGAGAGUUUGGAGCGGGAAAUGGAAUUGCUUUGUCUCACUGGAGUAGAAGAUCAACUGCAAGCAGAUGUUAGACCAACCCUAGAGAUGCUAAGAAAUGCUGGAAUAAAGAUAUGGAUGUUAACAGGCGAUAAACUGGAGACAGCAACUUGCAUUGCAAAAAGUUCUCACUUAGUGUCUAGGACUCAGGAUAUUCACAUUUUCAGACCUGUUACUACUCGAGGAGAGGCUCACUUAGAACUAAAUGCCUUUAGGAGGAAGCAUGACUGUGCCUUGGUGAUAUCUGGGGACUCGCUGGAGGUUUGUCUGAAAUAUUAUGAGCAUGAAUUUGUAGAGUUGGCUUGCCAGUGUCCCGCCGUAGUGUGCUGCCGAUGUUCUCCCACCCAAAAAGCCCAUAUUGUCAAACUGCUACAGCAUCACACUGGAAAACGCACAUGUGCAAUAGGUGAUGGAGGAAAUGAUGUCAGCAUGAUCCAAGCAGCUGACUGCGGGAUUGGAAUUGAAGGCAAGGAAGGAAAACAAGCCUCCCUAGCAGCUGACUUUUCUAUCACACAGUUUAAACACAUAGGUAGGCUGCUGAUGGUACAUGGUCGAAACAGUUACAAAAGAUCAGCAGCACUUGGUCAAUUUGUCAUGCACCGAGGCCUUAUUAUUUCAACUAUGCAGGCUGUGUUUUCAUCAGUCUUCUAUUUUGCAUCGGUUCCCUUGUACCAAGGUUUCCUGAUGGUAGGGUAUGCAACCAUAUAUACUAUGUUUCCAGUCUUCUCUCUGGUGUUGGAUCAGGAUGUGAAGCCAGAAAUGGCACUGCUGUAUCCAGAACUUUAUAAGGAUCUCACAAAGAUAGAAAGAAGUUAACCUGCACUCUGAAACUGCCCAGGAUGCAUGGUAGAUGAUGGCAGACUUAAGAUUUUCCAAGCUUAAAUGACAAUUCUAGGAGGUAAUGAUUUACUGGCUUUCCCAGCUUACAUUGUACCUCUGUGAAUGUUAAUGUAGAACACAAAUUACUUUUAGAAAAUAAUAAUAAUAAAAAUGACAAUGUGGAGCAACUAGGGAGUACGUUAAUGGUUCAGUAUAUGCCAAGCAGAAGAUGAUCACUGAAUGAUUAUGGAUGAAUAGACAAGAAGUGCUUUACAUGUGCUACAUUUUACUUCACUAUAAUAAGGUAAUCUUACUGUGUGUGUUUAUUGGAACAGCUUAUGAUCAUGGUGUCCUAGUUGUGACACUAGGGAGUGUACUUGUUUCUGCACAUUACUUUGCAAAUUCUGUAUUAUAAUACAGAUCUCUAGCAAUGCUGUUCAGCUAGCGUUACUCAAGUGCGUGUUGACAUAGACUAGAAUUGUAUUCCUAGGAAUUGGUUUCUUCUCUAGGAUAUGCUGAUGGUGAAAGAGCUUUCAGGAUAUUAAGAUUAAAAUAUGCUUGCACAACUCAUUGACAGACUCCCUAUUGCAAGAACAAGCAAAAAUCAGCAAUUAUUAAAAUUACUUCAAUCUGGAUAUGAUACAGAUUGACCUGGACAGGGUUGAGAGUUGGGCCUAUAGGGACUUCAUACAGUUCAACAAGGCCAAGUGUAAAGUUUUGCACCCAUGUCAGAGCAAAUUCAUGAGUACAGACUUCAUGAUGGGUGGAUUUAGAGCAGCAGAUUGAGAAUGGUAGAUUAAAAACUAAAUAUGAAUCAGCAGUUUGUGCUUGCAGCCCAGAAAGCCAACAGUAUUGAGGGCUGCAUAAAGGGAGUGUAACUAGCAGAUUGAGGGAGGUGAUUGUCCCCAUCUCUACUGCUCCCAUGGCACCCCACUUGAAGACCUGCAUUCAGCUCUGGAGCCUCCAGCAUAAGAUGGCCAAUGGACCUGUUGGAGUGGAUCCUGAGAAGGCAAUGGGGAUGAUCAGAGGGCUGGAACACCUCUCCUACAAUGAAAGGCUGAAGAGUUGGGGUUGUUCAGUCCUAAGAAGAGAAAUGCAUGGGGAGAAUUUAUAGAGACCUUUCAGUGCUUAAAGAGGACCUAGAAGAAAGACAAGGAAAGAGUCCUUAUCACAGAUUGUAAUGACAGGAUAAGAGGUAAUGUCUUUGAACUAAAAGAAGGCAGGUUUAAAUUAGUUAUUAGGAAGAAAUUUUUCAUUACAGUGGUGAUGAGGCACAGGAACAGGUUGCCAGAGAAGCCGUG